AUGCCUCUACAACCCGUUGCUAAUAGACCUCAUGUCAAACCACCAGAUUCUCUGGACAUUGAAUCUAAUGUUGCUGAUAAUUGGAAAAUGUGGAAGCAGAUAUGGCAAAAUUACUUAAUCAUCACUGGUCUUGAUUCUGAAACUGAAGAAUAUAAAUGUGCCCUUUUGCUACACUGCAUAGGUGUAGAUGCUGUAAGAAUCUACAAUGGAAUGAAAUUUGGUGAUGGUGAAGAUAGAAGUAACAGUGCUGACAUUAUUUCUAAAUUUGAUUGUCAUUUCUUAGGACAAACACAAGAAUUCUUUGAGAGAUUUCAGUUCAAUCGCCGAAAUCAAGAUUCUGGUGAAUCUAUUGAACAGUACAUAUCUGUACUGAGAAAUAUGUCAAAAACUUGUGGUUUUUGUGAUUGUAUGAAAGACAAACUGAUUAUGGAUCGCCUGUUGCUUGGUGUUCUGGAUGAGAAAAUUCGGGAACGUCUGAUUUCAUCUCACAAUCUUACUCUGAAUGCUGCAAUUGAUAUUUGCAGAGCUAUGGAAUCUGCAUCUCUACAGAUAAAGGCUAUGAAAUGUGAGGAAAUCCAUAAAGUGAAGCUGCAGAAAACUAAAGUUCACUGUGGUGAAAAGUACAAACCAUCUACCCUACAUCAUACUAGCAGGUCUACUACUGUAAAUGAAACAAGAGGUACUAGUUCAGCACAGAACAAGCGAUGUCUAUUCUGUUCCAAAUUUCAUGUAAUGAAAAAGGAAGCCUGUCCUGCGUAUGGUCACACAUGCAAUACCUGUGGUGAAAGAAAUCAUUUCAGGAACUCAAGGAAAUGUUUUCGCACUCGUAGAGUACAUGCUGUACAUGAUGGUUACACUUCUGACUCAUCAGUAAAUUCUUUCGAACAUAUUAGUUCUGUUACUACUGCUGAUGUAAAUGCUGUCCAGUCCAACAACUAUCCUAUUUUCUGUGAAAUGGAAAUCAACAAAAAAUGUGUGAAACUACAAAUAGACUGUGGUGCAACUGUGUGUAUCCUGCCAAAACAGUACAUUGGUAAUCUAAAGAUACGCCCUGAAACUGUGAAUCUCAAAAUGUGGAACAACUCUAGCUUUCAGGCACUUGGAAGAUGUAAAGUGAAAACCAUAAAUCCUGUCACAAAAAGAAAGUACAUGGUCAAUUUUGUGAUCGUUGAAGAAAAUCUUACUCCACUACUGAGUCGUAGAGCUGCUGAGAAAAUGGGUCUGAUAACUAUUAACUAUCACAACUUUGAACAAGUAAGCACUGUUCUACCUACUAAUGUGUUUGUGCAAGAAUUCCCUGAAGUGUUCUCUGGUAAACUUGGGAAUCUUCCUGGCAAGAAAGUUCAUCUAACUGUAAAUCCUGAUGCGGAUCCUGUAAUCCGACCUGCUCGUACUAUACCUGAAUCUCUUAAAGCUGAUCUCAAAACUAAGCUUGAUGAACUUGUCUGUACUGAAGUUAUUACUCCUGUUGACAAACCUACAGAUUGGGUUAGUCAAAUGUCUAUUGCAAAGCGCAAAUCUGGAGACAUAAGAAUCUGUAUAGAUCCAAGACCUCUGAAUGAAGCUCUGAAACGAGAACAUUAUAUGCUCCCAGUACUCGAUGAUAUUUUACCUGAAAUAUCACAAGAUACUAAGUUCUCUACAUGUGAUCUGAAGAAUGGAUACCUUCAUUGUGAACUUGACGAAGAAUCAAGUCUUCUUACUACCUUUGCUACUCCUUUUGGAAGAUAUCGUUGGCGUCGUUUACCAUUUGGGUUAAAUGUGAGCAGUGAAAUCUUCCAGAAAAGACUCCAUCAAGCUUUGGAAGGUUUGGAAGGUGUUCGAUGUGUCAUAGAUGACAUAAUCGUCUGGGGUCACACUGAUGAUGAACACGAUUCUCGUGUAAGAACACUUUUGGAAAACUGUCGUAACAUUGGUAUAUCUCUCAAUGCCGAAAAGUGUCAUUUUGGAGUAGACGAAAUAUCUUUCAUGGGACACAUUGUGAGUAAUCGUGGUCUCAAACCUGAUCCUGCUAAAAUUGAAGCUCUUGUAAAGAUGGAACCACCCACUGAUAAGGAAGGCGUUGAAAGGCUUAGAGGUAUGGUGAACUACCUGUCUAAGUUUCUUCCUAACUUGUCGGAUGUGAUGCAACCUAUUAGCAUGCUCUCUCACCAAGAUGUUGAAUGGUCAUGGACUAGCAUACAAGACAAAGCUUUCAGCAAACUGAAAACACUUUUAACAGAAGCUCCUGUACUUGCUUAUUUCGAUGACAAGAAACAUUUGGUAAUCCAGUGUGAUGCUAGCAGUAAAGGUUUAGGUGCUGUACUUCUCCAAGACUCGAAACCAUUAGCUUAUGCUAGUAGAGCCCUUACUGAUGCUGAAACAAGAUAUGCCACAAUUGAAAAGGAGAUGUUGGCAAUCAUCUUUGCACUUGAAAAGUGGCAUCAAUUCACAUAUGGCCGUCCAAUCACUGUAUUCACUGACCAUAAACCACUUGAAAGUAUCUCUAAAAAGCCAAUCGAUAGAGCACCGAAACGUCUACAAGGUAUGCUUUUACGUGCACUUGCUUAUGAUAUUGAAGUAAAGUACCUUGAAGGAAAACAGAUGUACAUAGCUGACACUCUGAGCAGAGCACAUCUACCUGAAAAAGUAGGUCAAGAAGAGUUUGAAACAGUAAAUGCUGUUACUUACCUCACUAUGCCAGAAGAAAGAAUUGAUGAAAUUCGAAAGAAGACAAAUGAAGAUUCAACACUACAGCUCUUAUCAAAUACCAUUCAAAAUGGUUGGCCUGACAAUAAAUCCACUUUGUCACCUUUGAUCACUCCUUUCUUCAAUGUUCGCGAUGAACUUGGAGUAACUGAUGGACUAAUAUUUAGGGGUGAAAGACUCGUAAUUCCUAAAAUUAUGAGAUCUGAAAUCAAGAAAGACAUUCAUGUUGGACACUAUGGCAUAGAAGGUUGUCUCAGAAGAGCACGAGAAUAUGUAUAUUGGCCAGGCAUGAGCCAAGAGAUUAAAGAGUGGAUUGGCACUUGUGAAACCUGUCACGACUUCGAACAAUCUCAACCGAAUGAAACUCUCAUGAGUUAUGAUAUUCCUGAAAGAGCAUGGGAAAAAAUUGGAACUGAUUUACUUUCCUAUCAUGGUAAAGACUACCUGAUAACUGUCUGCUACAAGUCGAACUUUUGGGAAAUUGAUCGUUUGUAUGACACAAAAGCUAAAACUGUCAUUACAAAAUUGAAAGCUCACUUUGCAAGAUAUGGCAUUCCAGAUUAUAUAGUAAGUGACAAUGGUCCACAAUUCUCAUCGGACGAAUUUCACAAAUUCACGAAGAAAUGGGGAAUCACUCACACACCCACCUCACCAUAUAACAGCAAAGCAAAUGGUAAAGUUGAAUCAGCUGUUAAAUCUGCCAAAAGAAUGCUGCGGAAAACAUCAAAGUCACAUGAAGACCAAUAUCUCGCACUACUGAACAUUAGAAACACCCCUACCCAAGGUGUUGACAGCAGUCCUGCUCAAAGACUUUUAGGAAGAAGAACAAAAACAAUACUGCCAACUUCAAGAAAUCUUCUCAAACCAGGAAACAUACAGAAUGAACGUGAAACUGAACAACUGAGGUCAAACCAAAAGCGACAAGCUAACUACUAUAACAAAUCAGCACAUGAUUUGCCUGUACUUAAAAAAGGCGAUACUGUAAGAAUGAAACCUUUCAGAACAGGUGAAAAGUUCUGGAAAAAAGCUGAAGUUACUCGUAGAUUGGAUGAAAGAUCAUAUGAACUUCGAUCUGGUGAAACUUUUUAUCGACGUAACAGAGUACAUUUGAAAAAGACGCAUGAACCUGCACUAGACAAUGUGUUGACUAACUUUCCGUUUGAAACACUUGAACCAAAUUACCGUGUCGAGAAACCAUGUCACCAUGAAUCAACUCGUGAAAUCCCUGCAAGAGAAACCCUGAGUAUGUCUGGACCCAGCACAUCCAGAUUUGGUCGUACCAUCAAACAGCCUACUAGAUGGAAGGACUAUGUUAAAUAA